AAGAUGCGCACAAGAUCCCCGCCGCUUUCUCAAUAUGACUAUAAAAUAGUUUAAAGUUGGCCUACAUGCAGGACUUGUCCACCAUCACCACCACUUCCAAACCGUCUCUUCAACUCUGGACUCACUCUCGCGCACUCCUCCAUUGUCGACACCAUAUCAUCUUGGUAUCUAAUGUCCAGUUACCGUCACGAUCCUUCUCAACACUUGUAUCCCGCCUUUGACGCCUACUCCCAACAUCCUAGGCCCGACGCUGCACUUCACUACCAGCAGCAACAUGCCCCGGGUGCCGUCUCAGGUCCUUUGGCCUCAGGUACAGACACUACACCGAAUGACUCGCUUCAAGGGCCCGCUGCAGACCAUGCCUUCACAGGUAUCGCAAAUGAUCAGCACAUAUGGACCCCUACUAGCUAUACCGAUGUCAUAGGGAGGAAUCGAGCUGUGACCAGUACCACAGGCAACGCUGCGAUCACUCCCUUGACCUCAGAUCCCCUCCCUCACGCAGAUUCACACACAACGCAUAUGAACCAUAACACUACCUAUGGAGCGUAUGACCACUACAAUAUCGCCCAGAACCAAUACUACGAGCCAUCCGGCAAUUCGGGAGUUCAACCUCCCAGCUACUACGGGCACACCUCCAUACCUCCGGCACCACCUCGUGCUACCGAGAUGUCAUCCUCACGCUUGAACCAUAGCUCCUCCUAUGUAAUACCACCGGGGACUUCGACGGGUAGUGACGCCUCCGGGCAGGAGGUUCAACGUGCCCCUGAUGCUCAAACUGAGCAGGGGGGAUGGCUUUCCAUAAGUUUCCGCAUUCCUCCCGUCGUGCGUGGAUCCGCGCAGUUAGAUGAUGGGUUAUUUGUGGAGUACUACAAGGAGCAGGAUGGCACUACCGUCGUCCACGGUCGCAUCCCGGCUGAUAGGACCCAAAGCACUCUCGUUCGUGCUUAUGCUCACUACUAA